CCCUCCCUUCUCUCUCUCUCUCUCUCUGCCUGUGUCUCUCACUCUGUCUGUCUCUCUCUCUCUCACCCAUCACUCUCACUGUCUCUCUCGCUCCCUUUUUCUGUAAAGUCCAGUACAUUCCCAUCCAAUGGACACCAACAGGAGCACAAUGUCUUCUUUGGGAUUAGAAGGUAAGGGCAAGAAAGAGAAUGGAAAGAGAGAGAAACGAAAGAGCGAUGGAACGGCGACUGGAAGCUAAAUCCAUCACCUGCAUUUACAAAAUAGGUUCUCAGUGAUACACUAGAACCCAUAGAACCUUAAAUAUAAGUUAAUGUUUCUUUCUGAUUUGUUCUUUUGUACAUAGUCACUGAUAUGAGACAUCAGCCGUUCAUUUGAGUAUUUUUGCUUUAAGGACAGGAAGGUGAACAUAAGAAAACUCAGAGAGAGAGAGCGACAGAGAGAGAAAGAGAGAGAGAGCGACAGAGAGAGAGAGAGAGAGAGAGAGAGAGAGAGAGAGAGAGAGAGAAAGUUAGUGAGGAGGGAUUAGAAGGUGUGAUGGAAUAGGACGUUGCGUUUGUCACGCAGAAGACAGGCACUCGAGGACAUGAGGACACACUCCAAUAGUGGAGAGUCCAAUGCAAGGGUGUGUAAAGGUGUGAUCAACGUUCUAUCCACAAACAUGGCUAUGGACGCCAAUUUAUGAGCCACAGUCUCACAUCUCUGCAACCUCUGAUGAUCUUUUGCAUUUGUUUAGACCCCCUCUGAGUGGCGUUUGAACUGAAAAUAAAACUAAAUGCACCCUGAUGAGACUGACGACAAGGGAUCUACAGACAAAACAUCGCAGAUUGCCUGACUAAGGCAUAUGAUUGAGUAUUCGCAAGAAGAUUCACAAAUCUUCUGAGAAAUGUCAUCAACAUGCACUGAUCCACACAAGCCAAGACGCAAAGACGUUUAACACUUUUGAGUGUGUGAGGGCAUAGAACACACAGAGUUUCAACUCUCUAGCUAGAGAGAGAGAGACAGAAAGAAGAAGACCAUGAUGGAGAAGUUGGAGUCCACUGUAUCCCCAUCCCCUGCUUUGUCAAUGACUGACCCCUUAACUCCUCCACACACUCACUCGCCGUGCACCAGCAGCCCUGCAGCUAACGAGGCUAAUGGUAUAGAGAGUGGCACGAGCACAAACCCCAGCAGUCCUGCUAUAUCGCAACUUACUGAGGAGGCCAAUGUAGAGGAGAAAGCGACAGCACCUGAACCUGCUACCUCACUCCCAAACACAAGCAUCCCUUCCAUUUCCACUUCCACAGCCACAUCCACGUCCAAUUCCACUUCCACUGUCGUCCUCUCCUCUCCUCCCUCUUCAUCCCCUGCUCCACUGCCCCCUAACAUCCCUGUGAUCAGUCUGGCUCACAGUAAACCCCCUCUGCCCCCAAUCCCUAUAACUGCUGCUCAGCUCACCGCACUCCACCCAAUACCCACAGUGCCACACGGACCUGGGGAGCUCCGACUGGCACAGCUAGCCGCCUUCUCUGGGGGUCCGACAGCCACGGUGCCUCCACCGAGAGCUCUCCUGCCUCACCAAUACCUGCCUGGACACCCUUUACUCAAUAGCGCUUUCCUUAGUCCCUCCAGUAGUUAUGGUUUCUUCAGCAACAACCGUGUUAAGAGAAGACCAUCAUCCCACUUUGAAUUGGAUCUCACUGACUGUCCUCCUCAGAAGCUGGCCAGGCGUGUUUUCACGAACAGCCGUGAGCGCUGGCGUCAACAGAAUGUGAACGGUGCUUUCUCGGAGCUCCGAAAGCUCAUCCCCACACACCCACCAGACAAGAAGCUGAGCAAGAAUGAGAUCCUGCGGCUUGCUAUGAAGUACAUCAACUUUCUGGUGAAGCUGCUGAAUGACCAAGCCAACGACAGCACCGCACACAGCCUAACGGACAGCACCGAGGAGGACACGAGCAAGAUGAAAGGUGCCAACCAAACGAUGGGGAAUGGCGACAGAGACUGCAGUCAUGUCCUGCACCCGGACAGCACCUCGCCAUCUCAGAUCACGCCGCCACCUCCUGCAGUUCGCCUGGCGUUAGUCACUUCCCACCGUAACAGAGACUCCACUGAUUCAGUCAUCGCUUUGACUGCAUCGCCCGGCUCCAGUUGCUAUGGCGAUACGGACAGCGAGGAGACUACAGGCUCGCAGAAUUCAGGGAUUGUUAAGACGAGUAUUAGUGAAGGGAUGAUGGAAAAGAUGAAGGAACAGAUACAGACUGUUAUGGCGGGUGGAUACCACCGAUGACAUCACCUGUGAGAUCAUGUUGAAACACUGAAGCACAAACUGACAAAAAGAGGAAAAACUGGUCAAAAUAUAUAUAGGGCCAUAUAUAUAUAUAUAUGUGUGUGUGUGUGUGUGGUGUUGUAUUUUUGUGUGGAAUUGUGAUAUUAUUAUUAUGAUAAUGUUUCAAUAUUGAUGUUGGUUACGUCCCUCCAUAACAGUGUUUCAAUUGAGACGUUUUAAUAUUUUAAUUUGAAUAUUUUUAGCGUCUGAGAGGUUUUCAUGUUUGACUCCAUUACAAGGACACACACUGUCCUUGUAAUGUUGUGGCACUUUGAAGUAAAAUAAACACGCUGUGUAUUUGGA